CGAUAGACAAGCAAGUGGUGCGGCAGUAGCGAUAGCCUGGCAACUGAAAAAAAGUAAAUAUUCGCCCAAAUUGAGUUAAAAAUCACAUUGCAAGCUGGUUAUAGGAGGUUAAAGUAGAAUGGGCAUAGCAAAGGAGACACUGAGUGACUACAAGGAGCUCUACGAGAAGGCAAACAAGCUGGUGGAGGAGGACAGUCGUGGCGAUCCGCCCACAGAUCCAUUCCGUUCACACUACAAGGCGCGCGAUGUGCUUAAAGAUUUGAAAAAGCAGCUGGACGAUCAGAUCGUGUCCAUCCGGGCGAGCGAGGAGGAUGGCGGCAGCGAUGACCUGUGCUACAAGUCCAUGCUGGCAUUCAUCUGUCGAGAUCUGGGGCGCAUCCACGUGUACACGGAGGAGCUUUCUGAGGGUGAAAACCUGCUGAAACGCUGCAUUGAACUCACAGAUCCAGUAAAGCAGUGUGCCGAAGGUAUUAUACCCUAUCUAGGAGCGAUCAACGAGCUCAGCCUUGUCUUUGCCACGCGGCAGGAGUACAGAAAGGCUGCGGACAUGCUGAUUAAGGCGGAGAAGAACUACGAGGAGUUCAAGGACAGUGGCAUUGUAGCCUUGGCCAUAACGGAUCUGUUCAGUCCGCCGGAUGAAGGGACAGCAGCCUGUGGUCCGACAGAGCUGGAAAAGCUGUAUACCCUGUGUUGCUUCUAUUUGGCCCAGAUGUAUGGUCAUUUGGGCGAACCAGAGAAGUCGGCCAGUUGCUGUCAUCGCACACUGCGUCGGCAACUCCAGUACAAGUCGUAUGACGCCAUUGACUUUGCCUUGAACACGGCCACUCUCUCGCAGUUUUACAUUGGAGAGGAGCGCUUCAAGGAGGCACGGCAUCACCUGGCCGCGGCCACGCUUGUCAUGGCUGAAUACGAGAUCACCAUGCUGACGCCGGAGAUGAGCGAGCAGCAGCGCCAGGACGCCAUCGAGACCUUCAAACAUCGCUAUGCCGAUGUGGCCCGCUGCUGGGCCAAGUACGGCUUGUAUUUACUGCAGACAUCAAAGAGUCGGUUGCUAAAAGACGACGAUGAAGAUGAAGAGGCUCAAAAACUGGACAAGGCCGCACAGCUUCUGCGGCUGACAGAGGAGGAUUUCCGGUUCCCGGACCUGGAUUUGACAGCCUGCGAGAGCCGUAUUAGCUGUGAUUAUUGCCUGACCUUCGACGAUGCCAAGCUUGUGUUUCACUUCGUGAACGAGUGGCUGGACAUAGCAAAAGACUACUAUAAGGCAGAGACAGAGGCUACAGAGUAUUCCAAGAUUAUGCAGGACUACGCGGAGGCCUACGAGCACAUUGCAUUUUUCGAGGAGAAUCCCGAUAGUCAGGCUAAGAUGCAGAAAAGGCGCGCCAAGUAUCUAGAGGACCUCAUCGAUCUGCUCGACCCCAUCUUCUACAUGAAGAUCUGCAGGGAGUGCUGGUACGGAGCCGGCACGGCACACGCUGCUGUCCUGGACGUCCGUCUAGACAUCAUCAGGGAGAAGCCGACCCCUUCGCCAGACGAAAUCAAGAAGGUCAAUCAGAGCUGCAUGAAGGCCAUUAAACACUUUGAGAGCUAUGUGAAGUCCUACCUGGCCGCGCCCAACAGCGAGGAGUGGCGCACCAGCAUGGAUGUGGAAGAGCAGCGCACCAUGCUGUACGCCCAUUUCCACAUUGGCAGAAUCUACUACAAGCUGAUCAGCGCCCAUCCUCUCCAGCAGCUGGAGCACCUCAACAGCUGCCACACCUACUACAAGCGCUUCAUCUCCGGCUGUGAGCAGUACAAGGAGGCGGCCGAGCCGCUGCAUGGCGAGAUUGGUGUGGUGCGCGAAAUGCUGGAGCUGCUUCCCCUCAAGAUGAACACGGUCAAGGCGAGGUUGUCGUAAAAAUACGAUUUCAAGACAAGUAUCAUAAUAAUGAACUACAUUUCCGAAAGCUUUAUACAUAGUCCAAUAAUAAAACGCUUGCACUUAAAAGGGUAGCCCACUUCCCGAC